AGAGCUGCCAAGGUAACUGACCUGCCAGGCCAUGGCCUCCCUCGGCAGUGGGAGCUGGAGCGGCGCCCCAUUACAGAGUGCAGCCCCCACGCCCUGGGUGACCAUCUUGCAGCCUUGUCCUUGGACUGUCCCGUCUCCUCUGCCCCAGCCUAGCCGAGUCAAGGAAGACCUGCUGGAGCUCAUGAUGCUGCAGAAUGCCCAGAUGCAGCAGCUGCUGCUGAGUCAGCUGGUGGCUGGAGCCCUGAACCCAGGGCCAGAGUGGUCCAGCCCACAGCUCUAUACAGACAGCCGACAGGAACCAGUGGAGGAAGAGAUGGAGGCCCAGGAGCAGGAGCCUUUGGUGUUCCACCAUCACUAUCUGCCUUGCCCAGUGACCUCCUUGGGCCCCAUGGCACUCUGGCCAGCCUCUUUCCUCCCUGUUCCCCCACAUCAGCCUCCCUGGCAGGGUGCACCGGGGAUUCAGCGCCAGCCCCAGCCCCCUGCCUCCAGGCGAGGGGAGGGGAGAGAUGUGCCCCCACCCCCACCUCCCAGUGCCACAGGGACUGUUGGUGCAGAUGUACCCCCAGCUUCAGACUACUAUGAUGCUGAGAGCCUGCCAUGAAGACAGACAUUCACCAGGCCUCACCAGCUUCUGCACAGGGCUGCCAAAACGCUGGAGCGACUCUGACUCUGUGCCCAUGCCGGAGACCUUCUGGCCCACUCUGCCCCAGCCAAGCCCUCUACCCUGGGGCAUCAGGCUCUCAACUCCACUGCUGUCUUGAGCUGGCUUUUCUGCAUCAAAAGCUCCUUGGAGUCCCUCCCUGACCCAGAAGCCACAUAAACCCAAUUGAUCCACUGUUUCCUGUCUGGACCAGAGUAAGGCCCUGAUACCAGAGCCCCAGCUGGCCUUUGCCCCUCUCUCCUCUCUGUGGCAUCACCCUUGGGCCUGAAAUAGAGCAAGGGAGAAGAGGGUGGCUUGUGUCUCCAAAUGCCUUAAGGCCCUCGGAGGGCAGCUUGGUUGGGGAGAAGGCCAGCUCAGGAGGCCCCUACGGCAGACUUGGCUUCCUCCAGUCCCCUUUCACUGGACUCUGUUGGCAGAAAGGAGAGUCAGGGGCUGGGUCCUGAUUCAACCAGGAACAGCCCCAGGUCCCCAGGGCCAUGUGCAAACAGAAUGUCCUCCCGCUCAUGAGACCUCAGUAGGAAACUGGUUGCUAAUGGUGUGGGUAGAUGUCUGGGGCCUGGGCUGCAGAGGCUCUGGAAAGCCAUGGGAAAUAGCAGGGGGCGGGAAGAACGGAGGCGACACACACAGGGUGAGCAGGUGACACUUAGUACCUUCCUUGUGUUGUCUGUUAGCCCAGGAGCAGACACGGAGGGCACAGGGUGAAAUCCAGGGGUUUGUAUUGAGGCUCAAACAAGGAAAUGUCCCCAGAGCCUUGGGCUGCUGCCACAGUCCUUCGCCUGUGCUGGACCACACCCUGGGGGUGCCAUGUUGAGUUCCAGCAGCCACCAGGGACCCGGCAACAUCAGCUCACACAGGACGUUGCCGGAAGGCUCGGGGCAGCCUCCUCCAUGCAGCUAGCACCCCAUAGGAGCCCAUCCGCCUCCUGUGCCAGUGCUGGCCGAGGAUAAAGCAGAGCAGGACGGAUGUCACAAAUAAGAACAGGAGUAUUGACACCACCACGAUUAUGAUGACCAUCGGGUUGUUGUUUAUAAUCUCUGGGGAGGAAAGAGACAGUUAGAGCUUUCCGGGUGCCAGACACCCCAGGGAGUCCACCAUCACUCCUUGCCCACUCAGGCAUUCCACAGUCAGCCGGUAGCGGAGAGCAGUGGCAUGAGGUCUGACAUGUAAGGAAGGUGGCCUCCGCUCCAGGCCACCAGGCAGAGCAGACACCCCUCUUCCAGCAGCUCCUGAGGCCAGUAUGUAGAGGCUGGACACCAUGGUGUUGUGGAAUAUUAGCUGAAGAUGUG